GGGUAGCAGUGACUUUUGAGCCGACUUGAAGGGGAUGUGAGCGUGAGUCACUGGGUUCUCUGCGGGAACAGCGUUUCUGUAGAGAGGGAACAGCCAGCAAAAGGCCGAGUGCCUGAUGUGUGCGGUUCUCAGCCAUGACAGUUUUGCCCCCAGGGGACAUCUGGUCAUAUCCGGAGACACUUCCGUUUGUCACCACUGGGAUGGGGGUGGAGGCUAGUAUGGGUGUCUCCUGGGUAGAGGCCAGGGGUGUAACUAAACAUCCUUAAACGCUCCCACAACAAAGGAUGUGCCAGCCCCAGUGUCCGUAGCGCUGAGGUUGAGAAACCCUGUGUUUGAGGAACAGGGAGGAGGCCAGAGGAGCUGGAGGGGAGGCAGUAAGGAGGAGGGAAGUCGCACACGAGGUCAUCAGUAACAAAGGCUGGGACGGAGAGGGUGGCCCCAUCAGGGAGGGCCGUAGGCCAGUGUGGACUUUGGCUUUUACUCUAAGAGAAGUGGGGAGCCACUGGAGGGCUAGAGCAGAGAAGGGACAUGAGCUGCAUUCACAGUUUCAAGAGCGUCGCCCUAGCUGCUAGGUGCAAGAUAGACUGAAGGAGGGUAAGGCUGGAACGCGGGGGCUCACGUCUGGUGUGAUUAUCCAGACAAGAGGUGACUGGUCAUAUACCAAUGGAUGCAGCUUCAAGACUUCUAUGCACAGAACCACCCAGUGUCAGAUUUUAGAUUUAGGACAAGGUGAUUUGGAAAUUCCAUACCAUCCCCACUCUUUCCAUAACUACAUGUCCUAUAUUUUCCCCUAAUAUAGAUAAUAUUAUAUAUUAUCUAUCUACCUGUAUAGACAGAUAAGAAAGAGGAAUCAAUAUGGUUAAGUCGCCUUAGCUGGAUUAUGUUUUACACACUAGGAUACCUGAUACCUGUUUUAGCAAUUCAUUCAUUACAAAACAAUUUGACAUGGGUUAGGCACAGGGUAAUCCUCUGCUUUACCAUGGUCUUGGCCAAAAAAAACUUUCCCUCUUGCUAACAACUCUUUUGUGGUAUAUUUUUCUAAGCAAUGUAUAACCGUAAACAUCCUAAUUACCUGAAAAUAGGAUCGUGUCCGACUCUUUCUGACCCCAUGGACUAUAGCCCACCAGGUUCCUCUAUCCAUGGAAUGUCCCAGGCAAGAAUACUGGAGUAGGUUGCCAUUUCCUUCAGGGAUCUUCCCAAUCCAGGGAUCAAACUCACAUCUCCGACAUUGCAGGCAGAUUCUUUACCAUCUGAGCCACCAAGGAAGCCCUGAAAAAGGGAUGAGGGGAGCAUAAAAGGUCUAGUACCUAAUACAUGGACGUCUGAAUUACUUUCCUCUUUUAGAAAUAUAUUCAGUUGUUCAAAUAGUUUCUCUUCCCUUACCUGAUCAUCUGAAGCAAAUGUUGAAAUACAGCAGAAAAUGCCAAAAAACCUUGAAUUCAUGCAUUUGCCCAAAAUGCAUCCUAGAAGCAUCACCUCAGUCAUUGCUCCAUGUGAUCUUCCUAAGGUGCACGUCUGUUGUCCUCUUUGCAGCCAAAGCCAGUGGGAGUUGUAAUGACAGCCUACCGAAGAGGCAGGACCCCACCGCUCCUGUCCACAGACAGCAUCGAAUUCCAUGUAUUGCCGUGAUACAUCAAAUAUGCCAGAGGACUACCCUGAUCAGUUUGAUGAUGUCAUGGAUUUUAUUCAAGCUACCAUUAGAAGACUGAAGAGGUCACCAGAUAAACAAAUGGCCGUGCUUCCUCGGAGAGAGCGGCACCGGCAGGCGGCAGCCACCAGCCCAGAGAAUGCCAGAGGGAAAGGCCGGCGCGGCCAGAGGGGCCGAAAUCGGGGCUGCGUGCUCACCGCCGUGCAUCUAAACGUCACUGACUUGGGUUUGGGCUACGAAACCAAGGAGGAACUCAUUUUCAGGUACUGCAGCGGCUCCUGCGAUGCAGCCGAAACAAUGUACGACAAAAUAUUAAAAAACUUAUCCAAAAGUAGAAGGCUGGUGAGUGACAAGGUCGGGCAGGCGUGUUGCAGACCCAUCGCCUUUGAUGACGACCUGUCCUUUUUAGAUGAUAACCUGGUUUACCACAUUCUAAGAAAGCAUUCCGCUAAAAGGUGUGGAUGUAUCUGACUCCGGCUCCAGAGACCGCUGUGUAUUGCAUUCCUGCUACAGUGCAAAGAAAGGGACCAAGGUUCCCAGAAAAUGUUUGCCCAGAGUGGAAGAUGAGGACCAAGGAGGCGGAGGAGGAGGAAGUGGAGGCAGAGGAGGAAGGCAGCCGUUGUGGGAGCCUGGUGGAGGGAGAUCCAGCUGCAGAAAACUGGACAGGAGAGAGGAAAAAACAGCCGUCCGCGUUCUUCUGGACGGCCGCUGACGUCACCGGAAGCUCAGGGCUGGUGUCCCUGGUUGGGUGUUGCCAUCGUUUCAUCUGAUACAGUCCACCGCCACGGGUCACGGGCGCAGUCGCGAAUGCACUUGAAACCAAACCAGUGUAUCUCCUGUGGUUUGCUUUCACAUGUCUAGAGACACCAGGGAAACGGUCCUCCUGGUGUCAUUCCUUGUCAUUGCGUUUUACUGCUGAAGGCAAGAAAGGUUUAUUUUUCUGUCACUCAGUGGAGACAUACCCCGGAAAGGAGGGCGAAAAAAAAUCAAAGACCCAGGAGAGAUAGUAACCUUUGCUUUAAAGGUUCAGGCCUGAGGUUUACUCCAACCAGCAUUUUGGGGAACGGUGGGUAAUUGAUUUCAAACAUGGUGUGUGGGGUGGGAAGAAGUUGGCUAGGAACCAAAAAGGCUGUCCUCAUGACUAAAACCAAACCUGAAGGUAUUUCCUUUCUGCCCUUGGAAACAGGAAACCAGUGUGGUUUUUCGGCAGCAUUCUUGCAGGAGAGCGUGCGGGAAGGCCCCCAGCUGCACCGGGGCGGGGAGGCCGCUGGGCUGUAGGUUUACAGAGAGACAGAUGUUACAUACACCCCAGCUCCGUUAUGCGUGGUCACCAGUGACCAGAGAAGCUACUCGAUGCAAUGCAUCUGUUUCAGAUACAGAAAUAUAGAGAAGAUAUUUAUUGAGAUUUAAGUUAUUGUUAUUUAUUACCGUUCACUAAUGAGUUUCUCUUUUUUCCCCUUAUUUAUUAAAGUUUCUUUUCAAAGGUGCCAAAGUAUAUGUGCUCGCAAAAUGCAAAGGAAGGUGGCAAAGGAAAUUUUAAUUGGGAUCAAGGGUCCAUGCUUUUCAAAGUAUUAAAAAGAUUUUCGCUAGGCAAAAAUCACUUACUUUACCUUUUUAAGAAAAACGCUUGUGUGAUUCCACCCCCCCUCUCCCCACCGGGUCUCAGCAUCUUACCUGUUUUUAUAGUUUAGAGAAGGAACAUGUCAGAAGGAAAAUUUCUGAUGGACCUUCCUUUUCAGGAGCAGCGCGUGGAGACCAUGGCAUUUGCGCUCAUUUCUACACGGUUCCCUGUCCCAGCAGACAGGCCGUGUGCUCCAUUUCCUGCAGUGUUUAAGCUCUCACCCUCCCCUCCACGUGUAUCUGUCUGUGAUAUGCAUAACCAUAUAUGUCAAAGGUUAAAGUCCCUUUAAUAGGUGGUGCUGGACUCACUGUUGACCUCAAUGUAACAGUUCUGUCAGGUAGCCGGGGUUCUGCCCUGAUAGUGGAGACUCUUCCCCUAUCCUUCCAUCCAUCCACCGCCUUCUUGAGAAACACAUCUAGGCCCAGCACAGCCAAGGAGCGCUGCGGGCCUUCUGGAAGUGGGGUCAGCCUGGUUGCCAUACAAACCACCAGGGGCUGCCCCCAUACACCUGACUCCUCCUCAGAAGAAGGUGGCCGGGAAGGGUGGACGUGGAAGACGGGCCCUGGCCCAGCCUCGGCACACCUGCCCCACUGCGUGGAUGCUGAAAGCCUUUGACAUGGCAAGGACAUAGGGUGAGAAAAACUAUCUCAGCAACCAGGUCAUGGAUUUGUCUGGUCACUGUCCCCCUGCUCAAUGAACUGGGCCCUAUUUUAAGAGCUUGUGACCUAUCUCAUAAAAGGGAUUUUUAUCAAAGAGAUUAUCUAUCACUACAUCACUGCCUUAGUGGCUAUUAGCUCCAAAGUGGUACAGAUUUGGCAAAUAAAUAGCCUACUGGCCUCCCUCAAAUAAUCAUGCUAAUUUUACAAAGUAAUCAAGAAGCAGCAGUUACCAGACAUCCCUUUGCCACCCUCACCCCCAAGGACCCAAGCUGCCCAUCACUCUGCCCACUCUGUCCUUUCUGCUCCCCUUGCAGGACUCGGAAAUAGAGGAAAAGGGCCUGCCUCUCACCCUCUCUUGGGGCCCAAGCAGGGGAACUUGCUGAGGAGUGGCCUGCUCAAAAUAGGGACAGGUCGAGGCGACCGGUCGUUCAUGAAGUGCAAUUUGAUGCAGCCCCAGAUCAUCUGUCCAAUUCAGAGAAUCCUGGCAUGUCUGGUGGCCGGCGUCCCCAGGGGUCAGCCUCGGCCCCGCUCCCUGUGGAGAGUCUCUGCCCACAGGGGUGGUAGGAUUCAACGGAUGCUGACAGCUCCUUCCCAGCAUCACCUACACACCAUAAGCAGGUUUUCACUGAAGCAACUUGCUCUGCCAAAGCUACAAAAGGGUAAAGUUUGUGAUUUUUCUUUAUUGUUGCGAUUACCAUCUGAUCCAGUAAGGAGUGCACUUCUUUGGAAGUUCUGACUUCUCUGAUCUGUCUCAGUCGUUUGUGUUAUACAACCAAAGUUCUCUACAGACUUUAUUUUUGUACAAUAUUAUUUUGUAACUUUUUACAAAUAAAAACUCAUUUCUA